UGUUUUACUGCUCCACUACAGGACUAUUAAAGGACUGCUAUAUUAUAGGAUAUAUUAUUUGACUAACGCACUUGUGAAGCAGGAGCAUCAAUUUUUUUUCUAAAUGCAGUAUAUUUGACUACCUCUUUCUAAUAUUUUUUUAUUUUUUAAAGUCCUGGUUUACAUAUUUCUAAUCUUUAUACAAAUUUGGCAUAAUUUUCGGAAGUGAAACUUGCAGGUGGUAGACGUAGGCAUAUAGCUGUCCAUUUGGGGCGGGCAUCUGAAACACGCAUCGAUUUCAUGUCACGUCAUUAUUCCAAGUCUCUCAAAUGAUACGCACGGUGAUGAAAGAUGAGACCAUGUUCUCCUUUUUCUAUUUACUGUUAGUGGCAGGUAGGUAAAAAAACACAGAACUGUUGAGACACAAAUGUGGAUUAUAAACGUCUAACGUCUAGGCCUAUGUCUUUUAGACAUUUUGUUUAUAUAAUCCUUAUUUUGUAUUAGUAUUUUUUCAUUUAGCAGAGCUAGCUUUAGCCUGGGACUGAAAGCACCGUUAGCUUUUGGUUAAUUUUGCUUGUGCACCUGUUGUGUAUCUUGGUGAUCAACAUUUGAAUAUUGUUGAUGCUAUUCAUCUCGUGUGUAUUCGACUAAUACGUCCACCUCGUUCCCAGCCAGUUUAUUUCACCCAGGUUUUCCAACUGACCUAUUCCAGAGACGGUCAACGGUGGGGUCGCCGGGUGAGACGGUGACCCUCACCUGCAGCCACGACGACGACGCAGUCUUCUAUCUAUUCUGGUAUCGACUGAGGAAGUUUGGUGAACCAUUGGUUUUAGUAGGUUACGUCUAUGCGGAAAUCAUCAACACCGAGCCGCAGUUUGAGCAUAGAUUCGUCCUUAGUGGGAAUGCAAAAGGCAAGAUUAAUUUGAUGAUUGGAAAUCUGAGCGUCGAGGACAGCGGCGUCUACUACUGCUGCUCCAAACUGCACGAUGGUGCAAAGUGUCCGCUUCCUUGUACAAAAACACCAAUAGUGUUAAAUGGCGCAUUAUGAAACACAAGCGUAUUGUUCUUUCGUCAUAAAUCAACGAAUAAAUUAGAUAAUUUCGAUAAUAUGUUGAUUGUGCUGCAUACUGUGCUGGGCUUGGAUGUUGGGGGAGACGUCAUCCAUACUAACAUACGUCAUGCAUCGCAGGAAUUCUUUACUUCUCUGCCUUCAUGCAUUUCUGCAUUUCAGAUCAACAUGAAUCCGAACUACUUGCACUCUGACUUUCUCCUUUUUCCUGGCCACCUCUCAGUCUAAAUAACAUAUAUUUAUAAAUAUUUUAUGACAAUUCGGAUCUAAAUCUGUGGGCCAAUGCAUACCGUACAUGCUAUGUUAAUGGGCUUUUUCAGGAGGUAUGAACCAUGAUGAAUAAAUAAUACAUUUCAUCUGUGACAAGCAAAUUUUCUUAAAUUAAUUAUGCCUGCAACCCAAACCAAUAAUUAGAAGACCAGGAUAUACAAUAUUGAAAAUGUGAGAACAAAAGUAAAUGGGAUAGAAGGAAAGAAUUCUGCAAAAGUCCACAAUCAUUUCAUCUUUAUCCCACCCAGCCAACAGUUCUGGUCGCUAUGACAACCAACAGGGUAGAUAUUUGAUCAGAUAGGAUUUCAGGCUAAAUGCAGCUGCUAGUGUAGGUCUACUGUAAUAUUGGAAGCUGGGUAAUUUUAUCCGAUAGGUGGAGGCAAAACACUAUUCAGAGAAUCAAAAUCUACUGCCCCCCCCCCCUCCCCCCUCCCAGACAGACUACACCUACACCAACACCAACCGAUGAAAAACAUCUAGCCUAUAUUUUGUUGAUAUCACAGAUCAAGCUCAAGCCUCCAUCUUCCAGUCAGAAAUGAUUGUCAGCCAUGUAAUGCAUGAGAUAGGAAUUAUCUUCAUUCUCUGUCUGUUCGAGGUCAAAGGCAUCGAGUUUCAGGAGUCCGGUCCCAAGAUAGUACCGGACGAGAAGGCAGAGGUCGUGAUCAACUGUAGCCAUGACGACAGCUCUCGGCCUGUGAUGCUGUGGUACCAGCAGAAACAGGGCUCGGGUCCCUUGGUCUUGCUGGGUUAUAACUAUGGAGCCACUACAUCAAACUAUGAGGACGGCAUCAAAGAGCAGUUUGAGAUCAAAAUGGACGACAGGCAGAGCGGAUCCCUGGCGGUUCGGGAGGCAAACGUGACGCACACGGCAGUGUACUUCUGCGCUGCUGGUCUGGCUGCCGUCCCGGUGCCCGUUCAACCCGGGGAUCUGACCCUCCAGCCGGGCGCUGCCAUCACGCUCACCUGCAGUCUGGCGUCCGACAUGUCGAGCUACACCAUGCUCUGGUACCGACAGCACGUCUACGGUGAUCCCAUCGAGUUCAUCAUCCAAGAAUACGACACCAGUCGGGGUCGCUUCAAAGCCACUCUGGACACAAACCAGAACCGCUUCUCGCUGGGAAUAAGCGAGUUGCAGGUGAACGACAGCGGGACGUUCUACUGCGCAGCCUAUCACCGCGACACGCCUGGGUGCAGCAGGCGUACACAUACCGUCGCUGGGCUGCGUUCAUAUUUCGUGGGGGCGACCCUCGACUUUCCCAUGAUGAGUGAACAGCUGACCUGUCAGGUUUCACUUGUGACUCGAAGAGCAGACCAGUGUGACACUGGAAACGAGGCCUACUUUGGAAAAGGGACGAAACUCACGGUCCUGGAACCGUUGUGUAACAUCUCCCCGCCCACGGUGGUGGUCCUGCCGCCCUCUGAGAAGGAGUGCCGGGACCGGAAGAAGCAGCUGAAGAAGACCCUGGUGUGCGUGGCGUCAGGCUUCUACCCGGACCACGUCGGCGUGUCCUGGACUGUGAACGGCCAGUCGGUCACUAAGGGCGUGGCCAGUGACCACCCCGCCCUGCGUGUGGGCGACAAAUACCAGAUCACCAGCCGGCUCCGGGUGGAGGCCCGGGAGUGGUACACAGAGGGCACCAUCUUCACCUGCAAUGUCAGCUUCUUCAACGGGACAGACACCUUCAACACCUCGGCCGAGGUUUAUGGGAGCGGUGAUGUCAAUGGGACCCAGACGGACGCCAUGACCAGAGAGGAAUUCGUUAAGGUCACCCAGACGGCCAAACUGUCCUACAUCGUAAUGAUCGUCAAGAACAUCGUCUACGGAGUCUUUGUCACGAUACUGGCUUGGAAACUCGGCAUCGGACGAUCGCACGCUACGGCUAAGAAGUGAGACAGCGGCGGUCCAAGGGAGGUGACGGCUCCAGCUGACCAUUUUCUCCGUUGUUGCCUUGGUGAUGUGAAACAUGCCAUCUGAGGAUAUAAACACAUUAGGUUGCACUCUGGAGAGCCACGCUGUGUUCUACAUCCAGGCAUCAGCCCGCUUCGUCUCAGUUUCUCAUCACUUUGAAGAUCGCUGAUGAAAUGAUUGGGACGCUAAAAUAAUUAUAAGAAGGAAUAUUAAUAAUGAUAAUCACUUUUGCUGAAAUCCAUGAUGCUAUUGUCUCAUUAGAAUGUAUGUUCUUGCAUGAUUUGUAUUUGUUUUCAUAAAACCCAAUGUUUCUUUCUGUAAUAAAGUCGAUAAGGUUGAAAUGGC